AUGGCGGGCACACUGACUCUAUCGGCCAAGGCCUCUCCGUUCCCCUACGCGGCGGUCAUUACGGCCGCCUACACUCAAAAGGCCGAGAUUGUCUACGACGAGGCUGUCAAAGGGAUCGAGCUGGAGAUUGAUGGAUCGAAGAUCACGUCUGAGGAGGAGGCCGUCAAGGCGCUUGCUAAGGCUGCUGGACUGGCCGACGACAGCUCUCGCUCCGCGUCGUACUACAUCCUCGCCGCCGCGCUUGCCAAAGCGAGCGUCGUCCCCGAGAUCAUCGCCUCGCUCGACUCUCUCGACGACCAUCUCGCCUACCGCACCUUCCUCCUCGGCCACACCCUCACCGCAUCCGACUUUCUCAUCUGGGGCGCGAUCAAAGGCAGCCUCAAGAUCGUCGGCCUCCUCCGCAACGGCGCGCACACCCACCUCGCGCGCUGGUCCGCCCACAUCGAGUCGCUCGAGUCCACCCAGGCUGCUCUUGCUGGCUUGGUUGAGGCGAAGGCGAACAAGGCGCGGAGCAAUCAGAAGACGGCUGCGGGAUUUUCGCUCGGGCUGGAGGGCGCGAAGGAGGGCGAGGUCGUCACGCGGUUCCCGCCCGAGCCGUCGGGGUAUUUGCAUAUCGGACAUGCGAAGGCUGCGAUCUUGAACCAGUACUUUGCGCAGAUGUACAAGGGGAAGAUGCUCAUCCGUUUUGACGACACCAACCCGUCCAAGGAGCGCACUGAGUUCGAAGAGACCAUCCUCGAAGACCUCGCGCUCAUGGGCAUAACAUCCGAAACCGUAACCCACACCUCCGACUACUUCGACCACCUCUACACCCUCUGCGUCCAAAUGAUCUCCUCCGGGCACGCCUACGCCGACGACACCGAGCAAAUGGAGAUGCGCCGCCAGCGCAUGGACGGGCUCCCCUCCGCCCGCCGCGGCGCCUCCCCCGCCUCAAACCUCGCGCGCUUCGAAGAGAUGAAGAGCGGCUCGCCCGAAGGGUCAAGGUGGUGCAUCCGCGCGAAGAUCAGCGUCGACGCCCCGAACAAGGCGAUGCGCGACCCGGUCAUAUACCGCACCAACUUACUCCCGCACCACCGCACGGGCGCGAAGUGGAAGAUCUACCCGACGUACGACUUUGCGUGCCCGGCCGUGGACUCGCUCGAGGGCGUCACGCACGCGCUCCGGACGAACGAGUACCGCGACCGCAACGCGCAGUACCACUGGAUGAUCGCGGCCCUGGGCAUCCGCCCCGUGCGCAUCUGGGAUUUCAGCCGUCUGAACUUCAUCUACACGCUGCUCUCGAAGCGCAAGCUGCACUGGUUCGUCGACCACGGGAUCGUAAGGGGCUGGGACGACCCGCGGUUUCCGACUGUGAGGGGUAUUAGGAGGAGGGGCAUGACGGUCGAGGCGCUAAGGCAGUUUAUGCUGAGCCAGGGCCCGAGCCAGGCUAUUGUGUCGCUCGAGUGGGAUUCGAUUUGGGCGUUGAAUAAGAAGGUCAUUGAUCCGGUCGCGCCGAGGUUUUGGGCGUUGCUGAAGGAGAAGAUUGUACCAGUGACGAUCACAGGCGCCCCCACAUCCCUCGAAUCCAAGACCCUCCCCAAGCACAAAAAGAACCCGGACGUCGGCUCCAAGACGACAACCUACAGCUCCUCAAUCUACAUCGAACAAGACGACGCGCUCUCGUUCGAGCACAACGAGGAGAUCACGCUCAUGGACUGGGGCAACGCCCUCGUCACCUCGCGCACCCUCUCUCCCUCCGGCGCCGUUACCGCGCUCACUAUGGAUUUGAACCUCGCCGGCGACGUGAAGAAAACCAAGAAGAAAGUGACGUGGCUCGCGCAGCCCGUGCCAGAACAAAGCUACGACUUGACGCCCGCGACGCUGGUCGACUACGAUUAUCUUAUCACGAAGAAGAAGCUGGAGGAGGACGACGACGUGAAGGACUUUGUGACGCCCGUGUCGGAGUUCCGCGAGGAGGCGUGGGCGGACGCGAACGUCAAGAGCUUGGCCAAAGGAGAUACGAUCCAGUUCGAGCGGAAGGGGUACUACAUCUUCGAUGGGCAGGGCGAGGAUGGCAAGUUUGAGUUUAUCAGGAUUCCGGACGGGAAGGCUGCGAGUAUCGCGAGCAAGACGGCUGUCGUGCCGACGAAGGAUGCUAAGGAUGGGAAGGCGGGUGGGAAGGCGGGAGGGGACGAGUUCGAGGGGGCGAGCAAGAUGUACAAGGUCGAGCCUGUGUAUGCUGGGAUGGACGUGCAGAGCGCGGCGGACAACGCGAGCAAGAUGUAUAAGGUUGACCCGGUACUGUAG